AUGGCCCAGUACAUCUGUAAGGGUUACCAAAUGUCGCCGUACAAGGUGUUGAUUGUGAUUGGGUGGUCGUUCAAGGUCCUCUUUGGCCUGUUGUCGGAUUGCGUCCCCAUCUACGGCUAUCGUCGCAAGUCGUGGAUUUUGAUCGGGUGGACCAUCAAAAUGAUCAUUUUGAGUGUGCUGGCGUUUUCGCCGUUCGGCGGGCCGUUUUGCAACCGCGAAAAGACCAAGUAUUGUGGUACGCCGUUGGAAAAGGUGCCAGAGCCCGAGCUUGCGUCGGACGCGAUGAUGGUCGAGUACGCCCAGCGAGAACCCGUUGCCAUCCGUGGCCGCAUCCAGAAGGCGAACCCCUCAACAACUCGAUGGCUAGCAUCUUGGGCAACUUGA